CAUAAAGUGACAGAAGCAGUUUUAUUUAUGACUCAAAAGACAGACGGAUUAGAAUGGGUCAUAAUGUGAACCUUCAUAUUCUUGACUUUAUGCAUUUUGUUGUUUUUAACCUAUCACCACAAAUGUUGUGGAGUGUGCUUACCUUCUGGAUUACACAGGGAAUUACACAGUAUUAAAACAGGAUAAUCCAGGAAUUUGUGUGAUUCCUGACCUGGAUUCAACCUUUAACGUCUUUCUAUUAUCAACAUUUGAACCGUCGAACAGUAAAGAUUUAUCAUCCACUUUAGCUGUCUGAAAUAAUAUUUAUGUGCUAGAUUCUGUCAAUCUGCCUCAUAAACUUGAAUUUUGAGACAUCAAGAGUGUCAUUUGUUAUGGUUGGUUUGGAUUUUUGGAUAAUUUCAUUACAGGAGUUGUGGCCUGAGUGACUGGGUUGAACGUAAUGACACAAAAGUAUUAUUUAUGAAGUCAUUUUUCACAUAUUCUUUCAUUUGAAACUUUAAACUAUAGUUUCUGUGUUCAUAAAUACAUGGGAACAACUUUUAACUCUUCCUCUUCUCUGUAGAAUUUGCUUUUCAACAAUGGAGAGUCAAUUCAUUCUUUUCAUCACUUUAAUUGCAUCUUUUUGCUCAUUUGGGAGCCUUUUCCCAACUCAACACUUACUCAGCAUCUCUGAUUCAGUCAAGAUAACUCAGAUCCCAAGUAAAAACAAUAAUGAUGUGUACUAUGAAACCAGUGAUGAGAUCUUACACUCAGAAAACUUUAUGGAGGGCAGUGGAUUUAGUGCUUGGGGAGAGAAUUCAUCACAACUCAGUAAUGACAGCAGAAACCAAGGAAAACCUGAGCGGCUGAGCCAUGAAAACAAUUCUGGGUUUGGAAUCGCAUUAACUACAAGACCAGCACUUAGAGUCCACUCCUCAGAGGUUCACAACCAUAGAGCUCAUUCAAUUGGAGGAUCAACUCUCUCCUCUGUGAGCUCAGAAGAAGCUCCUCUGGAAAACAUCCACAUAACAACCAAGGAACAACUAAAGAGAAGUCAUUCAUCCACUUCUCUGAAUGGUGGAAACAACCCCAGAGUCUCCGUCCAAACCAGCAUCUUUACCUUCAUGAACAACCCAAGCCAGUCAGAUCUCACACAUCCCUGUGUUUUCGGAGUCACUCCCUGUCCUGGUUUUAACAGCUUUAAUGGCACCACUCUGCUCUGGGAUGACAUGAAGCGCACACUGGCGUUUGCCUGGGAGCUGCAUGUUUAUGGAUCUGCUGGCCUUUUCGUGCUGAUGGCAGCUCUAGCCGUUUUGGGAAUGGCUAAAGGGUGCACUCUUCCUCACCCCCUAAGUGACAACUUAACACUGUCAAACCUUCUUCUGUUCAUUAGUGGAGCUUUACGCACCACUCUCCUUCUCCUGGAUCCCUAUGGAACCUGUCAGUUUCUGCCUCAUGCCAUGCUAGUGGCACUACAAAAUGUUCCCCUGCAUCUUCUUCUGUGGGCACAGGUUGUCCUCACCCUAGUCACACUCAAAGGGUUAAAGUUGAUCCUUUUCCCAUCCAAGUUGCAGUACCCAUGGCUGGUUGGAUGGCUCAGUGUUUCCCACUGCACAGGAUUACUUGUAGCAGACCUGUACUCCUCAGCUUUGCCCCCAGCUCUUCCUCUCUUGUUGCAGACAGUCUCUCUUUGCUGGGGCAUCCCUUUUUGUUUGGGGAUUUUCACCAAAUCCCUUUCUAAUCUCCAAUCCUUACCCAGCUCCACUUUCCCACAGUGGAUUCCUUCACAAAGGACAGGGAGGUUAGGCAAACGAGUGAUAGCAGUGUGCUCCUUCCUUGGGGUGUUGUGCUGCAGCCUUCAGAUGUAUAGUCUUCUCUGGCUUUAUGGCUUACUGGGGAACUGGAGGCGCUUUGGUUGGGGCUGGUGGCUCACACAGUUUUGGGCCAGAAUCCUUGAGUUGGCAUGGGCGUUCUCCAUGCUGUUUCUGGGUUCAUGGAUCUUCUGGACACCAUUGAGGGGUCACACAAGAGGUGAUCACUGGCUAGGUAGAGAUGAGGUCUCCAAAAGGGUAGACAAGAAAAGCUUGUGGGAUAAGAUCUUGGACAGCAUGCAGAGAGGCUCACUGAAAAAGUCAGAGAAGUCCUGGGAAGAACUGAUGCCAAAUAACUGGGUGAAGUAUAACUUGUCUCGAACAGGAAUCAGCAAUGCUACAUAUAUUGAUGAACCAUCUGUCAUUAAACCAGAAUACAACUCUGAUCCUGUCAGCAGCAGCUCUGACUCUCAGACCGCCUUCCUGUGGCAAAAGGUGGGUGAACGAGAAUGUGUUCUCUCACUUAUAGAAUUUGACAUGCGGCCCCCGUCCCCUAUUAACCUCAGACGCAGCAUUGACAACGCCCUUCAUCACAGCCAGUUUGUAGCAGGAGGUGCAUUUACUCCCCCACCUACCUCCUGGACACUGUCUGCAGGGUCAGAAGGGGACAGCGGUCCAACAACGCUACCUCCAGCUUAUGCUGGCUACAAAUGGAUGCUGGAUGCAGAAUCCAUUUCUGCAUCUCUAGACCACUUCCAGACAAGAGAGCCUAUGCAGGCAGUAAGUGCUACACCUGGUUCUGAUGGCAACAUUGGGUCUCCAGCUGCUGGCAAAGAGGGAGAAGAAUUUCAAGCAGUGAUGCAUCAACAGGACUGGUCUGAGGAUGACAUCACAGACCUCUGAACUCACCACCACCACCACUGAUCAGUCUGCUUUAUGAACUCUUUUAGGACAUAGUUUAAUUUGAGUGUGUUCAUUAAGAUGGUCUAAUUUUGAUUUAAAGAGAUGAACAUGCAAAACUCCUGCACUUGAGCCACUGCAGCCACUGUCACUCAGCAAUACUUUUAACAUGAGUUUUGGGAAGUAGAAAAAGUUUUAAAGGGAUACUUCACAACGUUUUCAUAUUUUUAAAUCAUUUUCUUUAUCCAGUAUGUGCUACUGACCAUUUGCAGGGCUAAUGAAAGGCCACCCAGUCCCUAUCGCCCCCUGUGGCCAGAAUAUUCCACUUGCAUCUUCGAACUGGUGGGCUGCUCUGGUUGGGACUUUGAAAUGGAGCUGACAUACUACCUAGCACUGCAGUCUGCUUCCAGCACGUUUCCUGCAUGUUUUAAAUCAUGAACGCAGCUGGUUUGUUUAAUUUAGUGAUAGGAAGGCUGGGAGACAUUCCAGCUGUUAGAUUAAGGUGUUAAAAAGACAAACGCACAGCGAGGAGAUAAGUUUUGCUUUCAGUUCUUCAAACGGACACUAGGGGUGCUAAAAGCGCACCAAAACUGUCUAGUUUCCCUUUAACUUCUUGUGGUUACUUUGGUGUCUUGUCGAUAUGUGCUUUAUGUUAUAGAACACCUUAAUCCACAAGGACAGUAUUAAAAUGGCAAAUGUUUAUUCUUUGAAGAUAAUAUGAGAUUUUCAUGUGAGUUAAAUAAAUAUUGUGCGUGUGUUAUUUAUGUAAAAACAAUAAAAAACAAGUUUUUUUAAAUUUUCAAGUCUAGUCUAAACUUGUCUUGAAGGUAUAGAUGGAAACGACUUUGCCUACUUUUUGCUUCAGAUUUGUGUGAUGUUUUUACAGGUUUUGUAAAUAAAUACACUUUGAAUCUUAUUGAAUUCUGAUGACUGCUUUUGGGACACAAACUGAUA